ACCAGAACUUCCUUUGAUGGCAGCGGUAAAAAAUUGGAUGACCAGAAUCCGCCAACGUGUUUUAUUUGUACAACUGUGGCUAUCCUUCCGUGACAAUAUUUUGCUGAAGAUCUACGCUACACGUUCACUAGCAGACGAACCAUUUCCGCAACAUUCGUUUUCGUGAAGAUGGUAUUCAGCUGUGCUAACAACAUACGAGCAAGAUGAUCUGAGCAUUGAGUAUAAUAUAAAAGGCAGAAGAAUAUCUCCAAAGCAUUACGUCUAAAUCCAGAAGCCAACCAAGCAGCCAACAUGAAGUUCGCAUUCGCCUUCGUCCUGAUCGCUCUGGUCGCGGUGUUCGCCGUUUCCCAGGCUAUGCCCCAGCCUGAGGAGGCCGCCGCUUCUAGCAACGAUGGAACCAGCGCUAACACCAAGAUCGUGCUGGAGCUUACCCCGGAGGAGGCCGCCGCAGCUCAGGCAAUGGGAGGCCGUGGAUUCUGGUCAAUCUUUAUGGGCAGUGUCAAGAAGGUCAUCACCAUCGGUUGUGAUCUGAUUGACUGCCAGAAGAAACAAUAAGUAAUAAUAAAUGCUGAGUAAAACAUACAACAAAA